AUGGGUGCAGAACAUACCACCCAGCCCCUCAAACUCUCCAGGGGGAUCAAGUUGCCCAAAUCUCCGUCGACGGUGUCGGUCACGGCCAUCGAUAGCACCAGUCGCCUUGCUGUGCCUGUGUCCGUCUUGAUUGGGCCCCCGAUCCCCGGACACGACAGGAUCUCUUGUCCCGCCAUUUCCUUUCUCGUCAAACACGCCGCGACGGGGAAGCAGGUCCUGUUCGACCUGGGCACCCGCAAGGACUUGUCUAAUUUCUCCCCCGCCACCGCGCGACUGAUCACGCAGCCAUCGUGGACGGUCGAGGUGGACAAGGACUUGGCGGACAUCUUGGGCGAGAAUGGGAUCCCGCCGUCGCGCAUUGACGCCGUCGUCUGGAGUCACUGGCACUACGACCACGUGGGCAACAUGAAGACGUUCCCCUCGAGCACGGACCUGGUCGUCGGUCCCGGCUUCAGGGAAGCGUUGACCCCGGGGUGGCCGGUCAAUGAGAACAGCAUGCUCCUCGAGGCUGACUGGGAAGGGAGGAACCUGGUCGAGAUGGACUUCUCGUCGUCCGACCUCCGAAUCGGCCGUUUCCGGGCCCUCGAUUUCUUCGCAGAUGGCAGCUUCUACCUCCUCGACACCCCCGGCCACGCCAUCGGCCACAUGUGCGCUCUGGCUCGCGUGACCUCUGGACCUGGCACCGCCGCCGCCGCCGCCGCCGACGACGACAACGACACAUUCAUCCUCCUCGGCGGCGACGCGUGCCACCACAACGGCGAGUUCCGACCGACCGACCUCCUUCCACUCCCAGAGACCAUCUACCCGUCCCCCAUUUCGUCCAUGUCCAUCUGCCCCGCCUCCCUCUUCCAAGCCAUCCACCGCGACAAGAGCGCCACGACGGAAUUCUACAAACUCGCGCCCAAGUUCUCGCACGACCACCACGCCGCCGUCGACACCAUCCACGGGCUCGAGGAGCUCGAUGCCGACGCCCGCGUGCUCGUGCUGGUCGCGCACGAUCCCGCCUUGACAGACGGGUCACUGGACGUGCCGCUGUUCCCCGCCGGGACCCUGGAUGACUGGAAGGCCAGGGGUCUCAAGGAGCGGAUCCGAUGGCAUUUCCUGCGCGAUUUCGCAGAGGCCGCGGUCCAUGGUCGUCAGCAGCUCCAGACCAUGGGUGAGGGGAUGGUGGUGAAAGGGUGA